UGGCUUAAUUUGUGUAUUGCACUUUUUCAGCUCGGUCGCAUUUAUCUUGAUAUGUUGAACAUUUAUAAAAUCAUGUCGGAGAAUAUCAAUAGGGCAAUUGAAGCGAAUGGUGAUCAGGUGGUCAAGCAGCCGAUAAUUCGCAGCAUGCGUGCUGUGAAGAAGGCGAUCCUAAAUCUUCUUUCUUGUUGGAUAGAGAGAACAACAGAUCCGUUUUUGGUUGCCGAAAAUUUCGUUCCUCCUCUUCUUGACGCUGUUGCCAACGUUUAUCAAAGGAGUCUACCAGUGGCUCGGGAACCUGAGGUCCUACAAACUAUGGCGACUCUUGUAAAUCGCCUCGAAGAACAUUCACUUCUCUCUCUUCCAAAGAUUCUCGAUGCGGUGUUUCAAUGCACGUUGGAAAUGAUAAAUAAGGAUCUUGAAGAAUUUCCUGAACACCGAACUAACUUUUUCACCUUAUUACAAGCAGUAAAUGCUCGCUGCUUCUCUGCUCUUCUUGGUUUGGCAACAGACAAAUUCAAGCUGAUUCUGGAUAGUAUAAUUUGGGCUAUGAAGCAUACAAUGCGUCAGGUUUCUGAAACUGGUCUGAAUAUACUCCAGCGAAUGCUCGUAAACAUGUCGAACGCUGAAGGCGAGAAGCAUCAAAUUUUCUUCAGGAACUUCUUCAUGGACAUUAUGCAGCAUAUGUUUGCUAUAAUCACAGAUCGUUCCCAAACUGCUAAUCUAAUGCAGCAAUCAUCCGUUUUGGCAUAUAUGUUUAAAAUAGUCGAAAAUGAAAUAAUCACAGUACCUCUCAAUCCUGAUGAGCCAUAUAUGCUGGAGGACGGCAGGCUUGUUGCUGUUUCCUCUGAGGUGAAUAUCCGUUACGUCCACAGCAGCCUACAGAACCUCUUAAAAUUGGCGUUUCCCCAUCUUCAGGACCCUCAGAUUCGCAUUUUUAUUGAUGGACUUUUCUCCUUCGAUCAAGAUGUUACAGGAUUUCGGGAACAUAUUCGCGAUUUCCUUGUUCAAAUCCGAGAGAUGGCUGGCGAGGACCUAUCGAAUCUCUAUCUCGAAGAGCGUGAAGCUGAGAUCGCUCGAGUUCAACGUGAGAAACUGCAACGCCAAGCAAACGUUCCAGGUCUUCUUGGACCUCAUGAGAUGGAAAUGUUUGACUAA